UCAUUAUCAUUUCUUUUUCUAAUCUUUUCAAACAGCGAUAACUCGAAAAUUUCCACUCCAAAUUGUAUUAUUCCUUUUCCCAAAGAUUAUCAGCUACUACGGCUUAGAUAAUGAAUACCAUUUUUUCGUUAGAUCAGGUUAGGUUGGUCCUAGUUUGUUUGUCCAAGCAAUUCUACUGAUAUUCAGUGUUUUGUUAUCUAACUAGCAACGAUUAUUCAUGCUACACGAAUUCGUGACGCGUGUGAAGCAAUUGUUGAUUUACCCAGGUAAACCGUCGUCGUCAAAGCGACGUUCCUACGAUAAUCGGAGAGAUACCGGCGAGUGUCGUUAACGCAGUAGCGAGGCGCUGCAGCUGGCCGGGUAAAUGAGUACGCAGAACGCUCGGUCGAGUGGUAGUCUGCGGUUGAUAAGAGGAUUCCAGGCGGUAAGUUCGAAAGCUUCCAUUGGCGGCUAUUUGGAGAGCGGUCUCCUUCAAGCGAAGCGCAUUCACCUCCGAAGGAUCCCCGACGUUUGGCAGUCCGGAGUGGAGCGGCAUCGACAACGUUCGAUCCACUCCAAUCCCGAGAAUAUGCUUCUGCGUCCGCACUCGAAGAACAGAGGCGAAUUGAUCGAAGGAAGAAGUUACGCGGCGAAAAUCCGCACGCGGUCUGUUGCCUUUUACCUCGCGGAUAAAUAUCCUGGGACAGGUUACAUAAUCAUCAUUAAAUAACGAAACGUUUAAUUUCGAGCAACAAUUAAAGUCAAGCUAAUUAAAGUCAAGCUAAUUGUCGGUCGUGCCAAGUGAACAUCGAUAAGCUACUCUACGUUCCGCGAGUGCCGCGAAUUUCGUUCAGAUCGGCUCGGGAUCCGUGGAUCCUGUCAACGGAUUCACCAUGCGAACUUCGGGCUAUUGGCUAUUACUGUUCAUGAGCAUAUUCUGCGUGUAUUACUUGUGGAAGACCGGUUCAAUCAGCCGCUGGAGCUCCAGCAUGCGUGCCAAGGCGUUGAUCCACUUCGAUCUGUCGAUCCCGUCAUCGUCGUCAUCGUCAUUGUCAUCGUCGUCGCCGCGCCGACGACAACACCGCAACACCCUGUCGAAAUACAUGCUGCAGGUGUAUUACCGGCGCCCAGACACGGACAUCAUCAAGGCGAUUCAACCGGCGUACAUCUCCGGCCCGCUGAGCGACAGCGGCAGGAUCGUGAAGUUCACCAUUCCGUCGGUCAACAGCGAUCAGAGCCUCGAGACCGCGGAGCUGCUGGGGGUAGCCGGCGCGUUAAUCCGAGUGCGCUCGUUCGACGCGAUGACGAGAAACAUUAACGCGCCGGAGAUCCUGGAGUCGCGAAAGGACGACGCUUGGCGCGCUUUUAACGUCACAUCCGCCGUCACCAGAAGGAGCAGCGACACCGUCCAGUUCUACGUGUACGGCAGGUUCACCUACCGUCCUUACAUCGACGGCCCGAUCCUGCUGUUGAACUACAGCAAGACCGGCCAAGCUCAUCGCCAGCGGCGAUCCGUGCGAGUGGAGAAGCGGGAUCAAGAGGACGAGCGGCGGCCGAAGGGCAGCCUCCCCCGCAGACGACGUCGGGACUCCUGCCGUCGGCAUCCUCUCUACGUGGACUUCGCGCUGAUCGCCUACGACCGCUGGGUGGUUGCGCCGUCGGGCUAUGAGGCUUACCAGUGCACCGGCAAAUGCUUCCUCCCGUUCGCCGAUCACCUCAGCCCCACUCAGCACGCGAUCGUGCAGACUCUGAUGCACGGAGCUCUUCAGCACCAAGCCAACGGGGACUUGGACAGCAACAAGGUCGUCGGCCGAGCCUGCUGCGUGCCGACCCGACUGGCGCCUACGAGUUUGCUUUAUAUGAACGAUGAUGCAGUGAUUUAUGAGUAUGACUACGAGGACAUGGUCGUUGACGAGUGCGGUUGCCGUUAGAGUACUUUAGAUAUUAUGUCGAGUGAAAUCUCGCUCAAAGCGCGUGAAGAACGGCCAGUAGUUUCGCUACUGAUUGUCGGGGUGAUAGUAAGAACACUGAAAUUGUUCGAAAUCGCAAGAACGUCACUCUUUCACUCAAAUUCAGGAUAGAUCUUUACUUCAUAUAAGCGAACGUUUCAUUCGAUUAAAAUAGGUAAAUUUCUGUUAACGGUGAACCACAUCAAGUUCACUGCUCAAUUUCAAUUCAUUCCGAUGAUU